AUGAAGCUUGGAAUAUAUGAAGUUGGGAUCAUUCCAUAGUCUGUUAAAUAAUAAUAUUUAGAACUGUAAGCAUUUUCUUAAUGGCAAUAUCUGGGAAAAAAUACAUUGUCUACAGUUUUGAUUUCACUUUUAGAUUAUUUUAUUGCAUAUGACAAAUAUUAAGCAAUAGAAAAUUUGGCUAAACCUAAAAGCAGUUAUCAAAAUGCAUAUAAUAUUAAGAUUUCUUAAUUUAUUUAUAGUCUGCUGAGCAAGAAAAUAACUCCAAAAGAAUUUUUCACAUAGCUAAAACUGUUUGAUAGUUCUAAUGAUAGAGGAGGAAAUUUAUUGGAAGAGUUUUGUUAUUUGUAAGGUUUAAAAAAGAUUCCGAAUAAUUUAAAUUUACUAAUUCAAAGUAUUGCCAACUUUUUUUCCAUUUCUAUAAAUUUCAUUAGACAGAACAUUAUAGGUAAUUCUAGUAAAUCUAAAAUAUUGAUUCUUUAAUCUGCAGAUGGUCAUUUUUUAAUUAAAUAAAGCAGUCCCUUGAUUUAAUAUAUAAACCCACGCUAAUAAAUAUGUCAAAUGUGUUCGAUGAGAUACGAUGACUAUUUUAUCACUUAAUGCCUACAUAUAUGUUGCAAUAAAUGUUUAAAUGAUAAAAUAAAGAAGACAAAUUAAUAACUUUUUAUAGUAUGCUCUAAUACUUGCAUGUAAAAAAUACAUAUAAAAGAUGUUCAACAAUAUUUAAGUAAGGAACUCAAUACUUAAAAGUAGCAACAAGAAUAUUCAAUUAACUUAACAAAAUCAUAAUAGUUCACCACUAAUGACAACUCAAAAUCCAACCCAAAUAAUCCUGGAGUUGAAAAUUAAAAGAUAAAUUCAGUUUAUUGUAACAACUUUAUUGAUUCAAGAUAAUAAUAAUAAUAGAAAUGUAAUUAUUGUUAAUAAUCUAAUGCUAACAACAAAUUCUUUAUUAAUAAUUCAUGUGGCCAUAAAUUUUGCACUGAUUGUUUCAAAAGAAAAGUCAUGACUAAAACUUAAUAAUGCCCAGUAAAAGAUUGUUAUAGAUAUGUUGAUCUAUAAUUAUAUUAAUAAAGAGUCUAGCUAGAAUAGGAAGCUACUUAAAACUAACAGCCUAAUUAUCCAUAAAAUUAACAGCCUAAUUAUCCAUAAAAUUAACAACCUAUUUAACCAUAAAAUUAACAGUUUGCUAGGUGUAGUAAAUGUAAGAGCGAAUACAGCUUGAAUAGUUUAUAUAAAGACAAAAGAUGCAUCCAUUUUACCUGCUUCUCCUGCAUUCAGGUGCAGGUUCAAAAGUUGCUUUAGAAUCAACCAAAUUAAAUUAUUAUUACAUGUCCUUCAUGUAAUAAUAUAUAUGGAGGAGAGUUUGAAAAAUUUUAUGACUAAUCGCAACUACGUUUGGUAGAAGAGAGAAUUAAAUAUGACGAAAAAUUUCAGAAGGAAGAUAAGGAAAGGGAAAUUAAAGAAAAAUAAUAAUAGCAAAAACUUCAAUAAUAGUAGUAAGAAGAGCUAUUGCUAUAACAAUAAUCACCAUAGAAGAAAGUUGAGAAGUAUCCCUAUGGAGGCAACGAUACUCAAAAAUAAUAAUCAUAAAUAUAAUCGCAAAAUGAUAAAUAAAAUAAUUCAUCAUCGGUCAAAGACCUUGUAGAAUAAAAACAACCUAUUAAAAUCAAGGAAGGGUUAAAUUAGCAAGAAUAAGGAGAAUGCACUAUGUGUUUUACACAAUUUUCAGAAUUUAAUUUAAGAUAAGACAUUGAUUGUUAAUACCAUGCUAUAGGGGUUUGUUGUAGGACGAACUGUGACAGAUGUCCAUAGUGUGAAGCAAAGAAUGCAAAUCCUAGGAGUAUUAGAAUAAAACCAAAAUUGGCUUUAUAAACAUUCACCUAAAAAGUGGAAUUUUUAACCUCGUCCAAUAUCUAUAACUCCUCAAUCAAGCAAUAUAAUUACGGAAAUGCAGAUGAUUACUCAAGAUUAAAUUCUCGAUUUAAUGUAGUGUAAAGUCAAAUAAAAUCCUAAUAACGAAAUAGCACUAUGGACAAUAACCUUUUCAGAAGUUAGGGUUUAUAAAGUAAUGUAGUAAGUGUUUAUGGGGCAGGAUACAAAUAUUGA